CGCAGUGUUCGAAUGGGCGUGUAGCCAAACUGACAGCAGUGCCAUCAGCAGUGGAUCCACACACGGGUGCAGCGAGGACAGAGCAGGGAGUGUUUCUGGUGAAGGAUUGUCCGUCGCCUUGCCUUUCAUACGAGGUGGAAAUACAAAAGUCAUUGCUGCUGUCAUUCUGGAAUAUUGUCAGCUCUGAGGAUUACUGCCAGACAACUGGAUCAAAUCUCCUACAUCACCAAUCCUUCCUCAUGAGGAAAGAUGGGGAACGGAUUGUCAGAGCAACCCAGCCUCCUCUCAAACAUCCCCUUCUUCCAGUCGUUCCACAUCGCCAUCCUCGGGCUGGACUCGGCAGGAAAGACCACCGUGCUGUACAGACUGCAGUUCAAUGAGUUUGUAAACACGGUGCCCACCAAAGGUUUCAACGCCGAGAAAGUUAAACUGUCUCUGGGCGGCCACAGGAGCGGCACGUUCCACUUCUGGGAUGUAGGCGGUCAGGAGAAGCUUCGCCCCCUGUGGAAGUCGUACACGCGAUGCACAGACGGUAUUAUAUUCGUGGUGGACUCUGUGGACGCAGAGCGCAUGGAGGAGGCUAAGACGGAGCUCCAUAAAAUCGCUAAGACGUCUGAGAACCAGGGGGUGCCUCUGCUGGUGGUAGCCAACAAACAGGACUUGAGGCACUCUUUAGGACUCGCUGAAAUUGAAAAAUUGUUGGCGCUGAAAGAACUGAGCCCGGCGACCCCCUGGCACCUGCAGCCAUCCUGCGCUAUCAUAGGUGACGGACUCAGGGAGGGCCUGGAGAAACUCCACGACAUGAUCCUGAAAAGGAGGAAGGUGCUCCGGCAGCAGAAGAAAAAGAGAUGAAGUUGUCACUAGAAAAAAGACUUUGUGACUGCUGUUUUUAUGUGAAGGAAACAAAGGAUUCUCUGCGGGUUGCAGGUCCAGAUUCAUCACGCUGAGUUUUAUCAGUCCAGUAAUUUGAGAUGUAGGAUUCCCGGCCUUGGUCUGGUGACGAUGCUGUUGAUCAGGAAGUGACGCAUAGAAAAGGAAUACAGUAUGAAGAUGAGAAAGUUUCAGACAUGUGUGGAUAGGUUUAUAAAGAAGUUUUUCUAACGAUCCAAAGCACUGAGGGUUUGGGGAAUGGAAGGGUGACAGAAGUUAAGGACGCUGUAUGUUUCAUGAACGGCUUUUCCAAACACGUUUUACCAAAAAUAUUUAAGAUAAUUUCUCACAAGUUGAAGGGUAAAUUGGUAAAUGAUUGAAGGUUGUUACACCAGGGGGUCAAUUAAAUAUCAGUUUUAUUUCACUGUUUAAUAUGUUAUUAUAAUUAGGUUUUUUUACACUGGACUUUCUACGUUUAAGAAAAGUAUUAUCAUGCAUCAUCAUUAUCGAUUUGUUUGCUGGCUUACAUCUCUGUUUUUUUUAUGAGCACUUUAGAUUAUUACUUCGUAUGGAGUUUAUAAGUUUUAAAUAGAGCAUAUGUGUUGGAUUUUCAUUGAAAUGAUUGGGGGGGGGGGAACAACAAAUGUUACUGUAGUUGGUCCGUGGUGACCGCUUUAUGUUUUGCUUAAUAAAACAUAUUUACAGCAA